AACAAUAGUUGACCAUUGUAAAAAGUUCUGAGGUUAAUUUGAGGGUGAUAUUCUUUUUUAAUUUAAUUACAAUUACAAUCGGUAUCAUACGCUCGCAUUUUCUGCAAAACCCAAAAUCUAAUUAAAACAUUGUGUAGCCUCAAUUACAGAACAUUCAGUCGAUGAAGUGUAAAUCCAUAGCGUGUAUAUGGUCCGGUUCACCGCCGGUUCACAAAGUCACCGCCGUCGCGGCACUCAACAAUCCGCCCACUCUCUACACCGGCGGUUCCGAUGGCUCCAUCAUCUGGUGGAAUCUCUCUUCCUCCUCCUCAACCUCCAAUCAGGAAAUCACACCGGUUGCCAUGCUUUGUGGUCAUGUUGCUCCGAUCGCCGAUCUAGGGAUUUGUGUUCCUACUACAGUUUCGGGAGAUGGGAAAUUAGACGAUUCAAAUAAUGCGGUAUCAACUUCUAACUCAUCUAACUGUGGUGCAUUAUUAAGUGCAUGCACUGAUGGUGUGUUGUGCAUUUGGAGCAGAGCCAGUGGACAAUGCAGACGUAGAAGGAAAAUGCCUCCCUGGGUGGGGACACCAUACCUAAUUCGACCAUUUCCCGAAAAUCGUAGAUAUGUAUGUAUAGCUUGUUGUUCCUUUGAUCAUGUUCAUUUAUCCGAUCAUCACUCGCCUGUUUCUAUUGAGAAGGGUGAAGCAAUAGCAGAUAGAGACUCACAACAUGCUAAACCGGUAAAGUGCACAGUUGUUAUUGUUGAUACGUAUACUCUUGGUAUCGUCCAAACAGUUUUUCAUGGGAGCUUAUCCAUUGGGCCUUUGAAAUCUGUGGCUGUAAUUUCGUCCUUUGGAGAUGUAUUGACGGAGUCAGUGAUGAUGGUUGAUUCUUUUGGUAAGGCACAGUGUAUACCAAUAUUGAAGGAGUGUGAUUCAAGCACAGAAAGCAUGACCUCCAAGAGUAGCUUGUUUGAUGCAGGCAAAAUGAAUUGGGUAAAUGGGUCAAAUGACAGGGGACUUCUGGUGGCCUUUGCAAAUCGUGGGCCCAUUUUAGCUUUUGUAUAUGGUACAUGCUGCAUAUUUAGUCAAGUAGAGGAUAGAAGUGUCGUGGGAGAGAUAUCUUUCUCAGAUGAUCUGCUCUCUAUUGAAGGCAAGUCGCACGUCAUUGGUGGCAUGUUUGUUGGAGAUGAUAACGAUCUGCUUGAUUCUGAAGAUUCAGAUGCCACAUUCAUUGAAAAAUUUGCUGUAUGGAAUGGUAAAGGUGAGGCCAUAGUAUACAGGAUAUGUUACUCAAGUAAUAUCUUCAAGUAUGAGCCUUUUGCAGCUAUCCCUGUCAUUUGUCAGGAGUCUGGCAUGAGCUUCUCUAUCUCCUUUGUGCAACUGAACAGCUUUCUUUUUCGCAUUGAAUCAAUUUCUUUUCCUAUCAACGAAUUAUUGAUUUGGAAACCUCGUCUGACAUGUUGGGUACUGCCUAAGCUGCAGGACAAAAAUGAGAUAAAUUGUCAAGAAUGCAGACUUUUAGGUGAAGGUAGAAUAUUUGAUGAUUGGACUCAUAACCAGUAUGCCUCUGAAAAUGAGAUUGUUGGGCAGGCUGUUGAUAUACACACAGCAGGUGAGAAGGCCAAAAUAACUUCCUCCCAAGAUGCUGGUACUUGUUCUAAAGCUAUUGAUGAAAGUAUAUCAAACAUCACUAAAAAUGGAACUUAUGAAAGAAAAGAGCUAGUGUCUUCUUCAAUGGUUAUUUCUGAAGAAUAUGUGCCUUUGGCUAUUGUAUAUGGGUUCUAUAACGGUGAUAUAAAAGUUGUUCGAUUUGAUAUGUUCUUUGAAGGAUUAGAUUGUCCUGGUCAAAAUCCAUAUCCUGAGUCAAAAGCACAUGCCACUCAACAUUAUCUCUUGGGGCAUACAGGCGCUGUACUGUGUUUGGCUGCACAGCGAGUGCUGAUUAGAUGUCAAGGAGGUAGCUACAGUUAUGUUCUACUCUCAGGAAGUAUGGAUUGUACUGUCCGUGUAUGGGAUCUUGACUCUAGCAGUCCCAUGAUUGUAAUGCACCAACAUGUUGCUCCAGUUCGCCAAAUAAUUCUUCCGCCAUCUCAAACAGAAUGUCCAUGGACUAAUUGCUUCCUCUCUGUUGGGGAAGACUCAUGUGUUGCCCUUUCUUCACUUGAUACCGUGCGUGUAGAGCGAAUGUUCCCUGGCCACCCAUAUUAUCCCGCAAAAGUUGUGUGGGAUAGUAGAAGAGGAUACAUAGCAUGUCUGUGUCCAAACCAAACAGGAACAUCUGAUGCAGAUGUUUUGUUCAUUUGGGAUGUAAAAUCAGGUGCUCGUGAGCGGGUCCUUCGCGGAGCUGCUGCUCUCUCAAUGUUUGAACAUUUCUGCAUAGGAAUUGACAGAGAUCUCCCUCAUGGCAGUAGGAUAAGUGGAAAUACUUCGGCUUCCUCAUUGCUUUUUCCUGUUAGUGAAGAAACCAAGUAUCCACCAUCUCAUUCACAAACUCUGGGAAAGGGUACUUCUUUAUCAAAUAUAUCUGUUAGUACAAGCGUGUCUGGAAGUACUACGGGAUCUAAUCAAUCUGCAUUGUUUGCCUUGCAAAGCAGAAAACAGCCUGUUAGAGGCUCUUGUCCUUUUCCUGGAGUUGCCGCUCUGUCUUUUGAUCUAACGUCCUUGAUGUCUCUAUGUCAGACACAUGAGUACUAUAGAGCAGAGAGUUCCAAUCCUGGUAAAAACCAAGUGAAAGAAAUAAGGGUUGAGUCUCCCAUUAAGAGGAGUGAUUUCAGGGAUCAGGAAAAUGGAGUCCCUAGUUCCAGUGAUGAGAGAAUCAAUGAUGAAAUUGGUGGUACCUCCAAUGAAGCUGCAAGAGGUCCUGAAUGGAUGUUCUUGCUUGAACAAUGCCUGCUUCAGUUUAGCUUGUCUAUUUUGCACUUGUGGAAUGUGGACCCUGAACUCGAUAAAUUGCUAGUCACUGAAAUGAAGCUAAAAAGACCACAGAAUCUUCUCGUAGCUUCUGGUCUCUUGGGGGAUCGGGGGUCCUUGACUCUGACUUUUCCUGAUUACACGUCAACUCUGGAGGUACGCUGAUAAUUAACUAGAGUUUACCUAGCUUUUGCUUGAC